AUGUCUGUGGCUUUUACCAACCUCUCUUGGUGGUUGUGGAGUGGAAAGCAUCAAGAACCAAGAAUCCCAAAUGGAUCUUCUAUAAAUUCUUCUGCCGAUUCAAAUCUGUGGGAAUCAGAUGUUUUGAGGUUUCCUUUGGUUCAGGCGAAUCUGCGGUCCUCAUCGAGAAAGGUGAAGCGCAAAUGGCAUAGCAGGGAAGAGAGGAAGGUGGAUAGGGAAUGUGAUGUUGUUCUGGUUCCAUCUGAUGGUGGAUGUGUUUCUGGUUCUGAAUCUGAUGAUUCUGACUGGUCAAUUGGCUGGUUAGAGCCUCAUGGACCUGGUUUCCCAAGUGAUGAUGAAACAGAUAACAGUUUUGCUGUUCUGGUUCCCUGUUAUGGACGAGAUUACGGGAGAAUAGUGGAGGAUCCAAAAAGCAAUUUGCUGAGUGGUGUUGGGAACUUUCCAGAUAGUUAUUCAGAUGAGAGCAAAAAAUAUGUGAAAGACUGGCUCUCUUCUCUUAGAACUACCUGA